CCUGUCUAUUGGUUGCCGGAGUUGUCACAAGUGAACACAGGUGACCUGGGACGCGCCAAGCCCCGCUGACAACAUCACAGCCAGCGGAACUAAAACAAUUAGCAGCUGGAGUGUAUCAUCUAUCUUUCUGAAAUUAUAAUGCCUUUUUAGCGUAGUUUGUGUUUGAGGAUACGAGCGGUUCCACUGACCGUAUUGGAGCGCACUGGUGGAAGACCCGCGUAGUUUCCAGAACCUGCACUCCCAACUUCGUAUCAUCUGACCUUCAGAGCGUUUUCCAGGCCUCUCCAGGGUGUCCAGAGAUGUAGGGAGCAGUGUGAGGAGCACCCCUCUCCCCCUUCUCACUCUCUCAGCACCACUUUACUUACAAAGAGCUUCCUCUCUCUCGGGCUGGACUGUGGUGCAUCUGCGUCUGCACGCCCCCCCCUCCCCCCUCGCCCUCCAGCCAUGGCCUCGCGAGUAGGGCUGCGUCUGCAGCUGAUGCGAGACCAGCUGCAGCAGGAGGAGCAGCGGGAGCGGCAACAGCAGCAGAAUGCGGCCCUGCAGUACAUGCAACAGCAGAGUAUGUCUGCCCCUGCACCCAGCCCUGCCAUCAACGCUCCACAACACUACCAGAGCAUGCAGGUUCCUGUUGAGGUGCUCAAGGUCCAGACUCACUUGGAGAACCCUACAGACUACCACAUCCGCCAGUCCCAGAGACAACAGGUGAAGGAGUACCUCUCCACCACCUACGCCACCAAGCAGACGGUGCAUGCAGUAACAGGUGUGGUACAGCCCUCCCCUCCCCACCACUCCCCCCAGCUCCGUACGGAGCAGCUCAUCACAGGAAACAGCGCCCCCAACAGCCCCAUGGCUAUGCUCAACAUCGGCUCCAGCCACGAGAACGAGGUACACGAGAUGGAUGAGGUCAUCGAUGACAUCAUCAGCAUGCAGUCGAGCUAUGAUGACAUCCAGCAGUAUAUUGACCCUCUUCAGAUGUCCAACACUGUAAGUAUUAAACCAUACAGUCACUACGUACCUAUAGAAAGUAAUUUUCACCUGGGUGGGAUUGUGAAGGGUUGAACAUUUGAACUGGUUGAAAUGCUUACAUAAAGGAAUAGGUAGGUUACGUGAAUGGGUGUUGAGAUAAGACUUAUAUUUUAGGGCAAUUCCAUGGUAACUGAGUGACACUGACACUCAGAUCUUUAACUUUAAAAUGUAUGUCAAACCAAAACCAGUGAUUGCAAAGUCAAGCAAACCAUACGACUCUAUGCACAAUGACUACAUUUAACAAUUUCCACUGAAGAUUUUACAAAAAUACAUUAACAUGAAGAACAGUGCCUAUGCAAAGUUUGGUAACAGAACAAACCGUCAUUCUGUUACCCAACUUUGUAUUUGCACUGUUCUUCAUGUUAGUGUUUUUGUAAAAAUGAAGUGAAUAUUGUUAAAAGUACUCCUUGCGUGUUUCUUCAACAGAGUUGUAUGGUUUGUUUAACGUUGCAGUUGUUGAUUUUCGUUAGACAUACAUUUUAAUGUGAAAUAUCUGAGUCUGUCCCCCUUCUCAUCCCUCUAUCCUUAUCUACCUCUAACCCCUGUCUUACCCCCUCUUGUCUUUUUUGGUCCACGUCCGCCCCUCCCUGUGUGAGUCAAUGGGGUGAUUAUGCCGACUCAUCAGGACUGAGGCUGUGACUGGGCUCUGAGAGGAGAAAGAGACUCCUUGUUCCGUUUAUCAUAAUCCCUCCUUCUUUUGCUACAGGCUCCUCCGUGUGUUUGUGUCCCAUCUUAAAACUACUGUUGCUGUUUUGCUACUGUUAUUGUUGUUGAUGCUGUUGGAUGAAACUUCCCAAACUUCAAAAUGGCUGAUAUUUGAUGUUGACUGGGGGGCAUUUGGCCUGUGGGCUGUUUGUUCCUCAGUGUUUAAUGAAUAACUGCUGAUCUAUAGUGGCUUCAAUCAGCUGUCUGCUACUGCUGCCUUCCCACCCCAGGGGAAACCUUCAGUUGGCUUAAAGGAAUCUAAGUAUUUAAUUGAUUUAAAUUAUUGACGUGAAGUGCUGUGGUUUCAGAGACCAAGAUAGGCAUUCGUAAUCCUAAAAAAAUGCAGUGGUCCAAGAGUGUCCAUCUUAGAGCAGAAGCACAGACCUCUGUGUUUAAAGGAAUGGCUCCGAAUUAACAAUUAAACCACCACCAGUUAGAGUUCAACUUGUUUACAAGGCAUUCAGAAAGGGAGGAGGAGGCAGAGGCACAGGAGAGGAGGAGGAGGAGGGGAACAGGGGAUGAGGGUCAUUUGUGAGAGGGAAAAACAGGCUGAAAGUCCAGUUAGGGGAAAGUUCACUUAAGCGGUGUGGAGAGGUAGAAGAGAGAGUGAUUUGGUGAGACGGAUGUUAGUCUCUGAGGGCUGGAGCAAGUAAGUGUUAGAGAGAGAGUGUGUGUAAGAGAGUGAGAGCGCACAGGCCCACAGAAGGAAGGAUGAAGGAGAUGAAUAAGACGUAUGCCAUCGUGGAGAUGAUAGACGGGGAACAGAUCCAACUGGUAAGAAGUCUGCGUUUUACUGUGUGUGGCUGGGGAAUAUAAGGUUUGUGUGUUUGUUCGCCCAUCUUGGUCAGUAUUGAGGCAGGCUAGUUAGGAAAGUUAUGCCCCCCUGCACCCCCCUCUGGGUUGGUGAGGGCUGGGGCUGGAGCCGGGGCAGGGGGGUCAGCUCUAACUCCCAGCCUCAGGUCUCUGAUUAGGGGAUGAGCCUAGCCCUCGGGCGCCUGGGGCUGGUGCUGGAGGCUGAGAGGGAGCAGCUCUUUGAUAUGGUAGCGGUUGAGCUGAGCCCUACCACUGUUGGCAAACUUCAAGUGAGGGACAAGCUCGGCCAUAAGAGAUAAGACACACAAUAGGAUGUUAAUUGUCCAGCAUGAAGGUUGCUGCUGGCCUCUCCUCUGUCUCCCUUCUUUGGCCCAGUUCCCUCAGCCCCUCGCUGUGUGUGUGUGUGCACAAUGUGUCUGAAUGGAAUAGAAUGGCAUUCUCUGGAUUUAUCUCUUGGUGCUCAUGCUGCAGUUGAUUGGCUCUUGAUUACUCAGUGUGUGUGAUGAUACUCAAUCUCAUAGUCAUUGAUUAGAUUGUUAUUUUACUAUUGAUCGGCUCUCAGGCAGCUAAGUUGAGCCAUAUGGAACUCUGAUUUGCACACAGGGACAGUGGUAUAGUGUGUGUGUGUGUGAUAGUGGCUCCGUGCAUGAAUGCAGCUCUCUGGAGGGACUAUUGAUGGUGGUUGCUACAAUGUUGCCCCAGAUGUGCUUGUAUUUUUAGUUUGGUGUAGUCUGAUUUAAUAUACAGGCCUCUAAAUAGUUCUGCUGUUCUCUUUCUCUUGGUCUCUCUGAGAUGUGUAUAAUGAGAUCCCUCAGGACUAAUGUUAGUUACCUCUCCUCUCUGUUUUUGGAGGUUCUCGCCUCGUUAGCUUUACUUAAACACUGAGUUUUCCCCCUAAUGAAUGAAACUCAUCUGCUAAUCUGUGACCAGGAUUAUCGCGGUAAACUCAGUGGAAUGUGGGAGUUUAAGGAGGACUUGGGAAUGCUGCAGAGAGAAUAAUAAGCAUGACUGACCUGGGUCUGAAUGUGUGUGAGAGAGAGUUUGUUAUAAAAUGGAUAGUUUCUCGCUCUCUCUCUCUCUCUCUCUGUGUGUGUGUGUGUGUGUGUGUGUGUGUGUGUGUGUGUGUGUGUGUGUGUGUGUGUGUGUGUGUGUGUGUGUGUGUGUGUGUGUGUGUGUGUGUGUGUGUGUGUGUGUGUGUGAUGGGAGACAGCAAGAGUCAGUGGUUUGAGACUAAAGCAUUCUGGGUGAGAGAAGGGGGAGGAAGGAACAAGGUGAGCAGAGGGUUUCACCUAACUUAACUGCAUGUCCCUGGUUUGAUAAAGGAGAGGAAGACCCUACUGAUGGGAUUUCCUUUUGAUCAGUGUAGAUCUGAGGUCUCGGUCCACAUAGCCUGUAGUUUUACUAUGUGUGUGUGAGACCUGGCUGCGUUUCAGUUGUCUCAAUGAUAAGGUAUCUGGCUCUCUUAUCUGUCAAGCCUCAUUAGUAUUGUAGAAUAGACAUUCAACCACAUCCUCAAGUUGUUCUAGUAUUGUAAACCAGCACGUUUCAUCACCAAUCCCUCAUGAGGGAAGUUGACUAGUAGUAGCCAUAGGGACUGCUUCAGAAGUUAAACAACGUCUACACAACUUAUGCAGAGGGUUCUGUGGGUUGUAGACUCCGUCUCAUGCUACCACUAGAGUGAGAGCACCGCCAGCAUUCAAAAGUGACCAAAACAUCAGCCAGGAAGCAUAGGAACUGAGAAGUGGUCUGUGGUCACCACCUGCAGAAUCACUCCUGUUUUGGGGGUGUCUUGCUAAUUGCCUAUAAUUUCCACCUUUUGUCUAUUCCAUUUGCACAACAGCAUGUGACAUUUAUUGUCAAUCAGUGUUGCUUCCUAAGUGGACAGUUUGAUUUCACAGAAGUGUGAUUGACUUGGAGUUACAUUGUGUUGUUUAAGUGUUCCCUUUAUUUUUUUGAGCAGUGUAUUUCCCAUGCCAGUAAAGCCAUUGAAUUGAAUCAAGCCAUACAGAGAUAAGAGAGAAGGGAUGAUUGUGUAUAUGUCAGAGCAGAGGCACUUUUAGAGGCAGUAUUUUCCAGGUGUGAUAUUGGCCUGAGAUCUUCUGCUAUCUUCUCUUUACAGCCAGUCACUACACAUGUAACACACUGUGUGUUUAUAAAUUUUGAUCUGGUUCAGAGGGCUAACCAGGGUUACCCACAAUAUGAUGCCAUAAAACUCUCAUGAGACACCGACUGCUCGUUUGUCUAUUCUACUCUCCCUCCCUCGCUCUGUCUACUCUCGCUCUGUCUACUCUCGCUCUGUCUACUCUCGCUCUGUCUACUCUCGCUCUGUCUACUCUCGCUCUGUCUACUCUCGCUCUGUCUACUCUCGCUCUGUCUACUCUCGCUCUGUCUACUCUCGCUCUGUCUACUCUCGCUCUGUCUACUCUCGCUCUGUCUACUCUCGCUCUGUCUACUCUCGCUCUGUCUACUCUCGCUCUGUCUACUCUCGCUCUGUCUACUCUCGCUCUGUCUACUCUCGCUCUGUCUACUCUCGCUCUGUCUACUCUCGCUCUGUCUACUCUCGCUCUGUCUACUCUCGCUCUGUCUACUCUCGCUCUG